AUGGUUAAUGUGUCAUUAACAACAGGUCAUUUCCCAAAUGCAUGGAAAGAAGCUCUUGUCAGUCCGCUGUUCAAGAAAGGAUGCGAAGAUAUGGAAUACAAGAACUUGAGACCUAUAAGUAAUUUGCAAUUUGUUUCCAAAAUCACCGAGAGAGCAGCGUCUGAUCAAACCUAUAACCAUAUUGUGGCUAAUAAUGUGUUUCCCCCACUACAGUCUGCUUACAGGAAACACCAUAGCACAGAAACGGCGCUCCUUAAAGUUAUAAACGAUAUCCACGUUAACAUAAACAAUCAACAGGUAGUAACGUUAUUAGUAUUUCUGGAUUUGAGCUCCGCGUUUGAUACUGUUGAUCAUGAUAUUUUGAUUAAUCGUAUACAAACAAGUUUUGGAAUAACAGACAAUGCUUUACUGUGGUUAAAAUCAUAUCUAUCUGGCCGCUCUAUACGUGUCAUUAUUGACGAAAGUACAUCGGAAAGCCUUAACAUGCCUUACGGUGUUCCACAGGGAUCAUGUCUGGGCCCAUUAUUGUUUACCGUUUAUGCUAGCAAACUCUUUGAAGUGGUAAAACAUCACCUACAAAAUGCUCAUGCGUAUGCUGAUGAUACCAAGCUUUAUCUAGCGUUUAAAUCUGAAACAACACAAUGUCAAGAAGACGCGAUGGAAGCUAUGGAGAAAUGUAUCAAAGCCGUAAGAGCAUGGAUGAUAACUGAUAAAUUGAAGCUGAACGAAGGAAAAACAGAAUUCAUGAUUAUUGGGACUCGUCAACAGCUGAAGAAAGUCACAGUUGACCAGGUAUUUGUUGGCGACAUGCGUGUUACUCCUGUUAGCAAUGUGAAAGACCUUGGAGUAUGGUUGGAUUCUCAUCUCAAGUUUGAUGUACAUAUUACUAAAACGUGCAGCACCGCUUAUUAUUUUCUUCAUAACAUCAGAAGAAUAAGGAAAUAUUUAACACAUCAUACUGCUCAAAUCUUGGUGCAUGCUCUGAUGAUUGGACAGAUUGAUUAUUGCAAUUCUUUGUUCUAUGGUCUUCCAAAAACUCAGACCAAGAAAUUGCAAAUAGUACAGAACAUGGCCGUUAGACUUAUUACUAAUUCUCCACGCUAUUGUCAUAUCACUCCUAUUCUGUAUCGACUCCACUGGCUGCCAAUAGAAUAUCGAAUUAAAUUUAAAAUACUGCUGAUAACAUUUAAGGCUAUCCAUGACUUGGCACCGGACUGUAUUAAGCUAGGAUCUUAUUAACGUGAAAAACUCGUCCGCCCACAACCUUAGAUCAGAUUGUCGUUUCCUACUAGCUCCGCCAACAUUCAACUCAAAGAAGACAACUGGAGAUAGAACUUUUGUUGUGGCAGCACCAACCUUAUGGAACGAGCUUCCAUCUGAUAUCACAAGGGAAAAUAACAUCAACUCUUUUAAGAAACGACUUAAAACUCAUUUGUUUAGAGAAGCAUACGCUAAUUCUUAA